CUUGAUUCAAACGCAGCCCAGAUGGCAGAGUAAGCGGACUUUGAUGUUGUCAACACUUUUAUUGUUCUCCAAACCCUCAGGAAACCACGAUGACAGCAGUGGACCUUUUCAACACUCUGGAGGAUUUAAAAGAAGAUGAAUUUAAGAAAUUCAAAUGGUAUCUGCAGCAGCAAGACCUUCUGGAAAGCUACCAAAGUAUCAAAGUGUCCAAGCUGGAGGAGGCAGAAAGGCAGGACACGGUGGAUGUGAUGGUUAAAACCUAUCAUCUUCAUGGAGCUCUGAAGGUGACCAAGAAGGUUUUAGAGAAGAUCAACAGGAAUGAUCUAGUGCAGAGUCUGCCAGACACCAGCUCAGGACCAGAAGAGUCAGUGGAUGUCAGUGAUGUUGGAAAGGCUUCAGAGAACAGAGGAACUCCCUCCUCUCAGAGCAAAGUGGAUGCCAGUGGUGAUGAAGAAACUAAAGACGGGAUGGUUCCGGUACCAAGGCCAGCACGGCACAUCUCAAAAUACCAAGAAAAGAUUCAGCCAAACCUCAUAGAUCGUUACAUGCAAAUACAAGAAGGGUUGACGGAGGUGAAGCAACCUCUGGAUGAGAUGUACACACAUCUGUCUGUCACAACUGGGGGUGACGUACACAUCAACACACAGCAUGAGGUCGGGCAGAUUGUGACAGUGAAGCCAGCAGAUACAGAAACCACAAUUAAACCUUGUGACAUGUUCAGACACCCCUCUGGAAAAGACAGACCCAUAAGAACAGUGCUGACCAAGGGAAUCGCAGGAAUUGGAAAAACAUUUCUGGUGCACAAGUUUGUGUUUGACUGGUGUAAAAGAGAAACCAAUCAAGAUGUGCAUCUUAUUUUCCCCUUCACUUUCCGUGAGCUGAAUUCAUGGAAGGGAAUGAAUGUAUGUUUGGCAGAGCUCAUUCAUGAAUGUAUCUGGGAGACCAGAGACAUCAAGAAAGAAGCGCUUAAUCACAUAUUUACAGCUCUGCAGUCAUCAGGAAACACCAACUUUGACAAGAGUGAAUUCAAACUUCUGUUUGUUUUGGACGGACUGGAUGAGAGCCGCCUUGAUCUGGACUCCUCUACCAAUGAGAAUCAGGCAGUUAAAUUUGAUGUGACAUCGCCGACCUCAGUCGAUGUGCUGCUGACGAACCUCAUCAAGAAGAAACUGCUUCCCUCUGCUCGCAUCUGGAUAACCACACGACCUGCAGCUGCCAAUCAGAUCCAUUCUGAUUUUGUAGACAUCACAACAGAGGUCAGAGGGUUCUCCGACCCACAGAAGGAGGAGUACUUCAAGAAUAGAUUCAGAAAUGAGGAGCAGGCCAGCAGAAUCAUCUCCCACAUCAAGACAUCACGAAGCCUCCACAUCAUGUGCCACAUCCCAGUCUUCUGCUGGAUCACUGCUACUGUUCUGGAGGAGGUGAUGAAAACCAGAGAGGGAGGAGAGCUGCCCAAGACCCUGACCGAGAUGUACGCAGAAUUCCUGGUGUUUCAGAUUCAUCAGACAAAAAAGAAGUAUGGCCGAAAAAAGUGCAUUGAGUACAUUAAGUCAUUAGCAAAACUGGCUUACCAUCAGUUGGAAAAGGGAAACCUGAUCUUCUACGAGAAAGAUCUAGAAGAGAGUGGCAUUGACGUCAGUGGAGCCUCGGUGCGCUCAGGAGUGUUCACAGAGAUCUUCAAAGAGGAAAGUCGGAGAAAGAAUUACAAAAAAAAAGAUGUUUAGCUUCGUCCAUCUGAG